ACAUUCGUGAAAGCUUCACACAAAUCAACACAUUCGAAGAACUUAAGAACUACUGAAGAAGGAAACUCUUCCUCGUCUCUUCUCAUCUUUUCUCGUCUCGUCUCGUCUCGUCUCGUCUGGAUUCUCUGUGAUCUGUUAAUGGAAGACGGCCAAACGAUGACAGUCUCUCCGAUCAAGUUUCCGGCAUCUUACUCUUCAUCUUUAGGUUAUUAUUGUGCGAUGUCGGCCGGAAAGGAAGAAGUUUCUGUUUCAGAAGGCGAUGUUCGGAUUCUUACUUCCGGCGGAUUAAGAAUUCCGAUGCACGCUAGCGUUCUGGCUUCGGUUUCAUCUGUAUUGGAGAAUAUCUUAGAUCGGCCCCGAAAAGGUCGGAACAACGAGAAGAUCGUCCCAAUUCUUGGCGUUCCUAGCGAUGCGGUGCUCGCGUUUGUCCGAUAUCUCUAUUCUUCCAGAUGCUCGGAGGAUGAUUUGGACAAUUACGGGAUCCAUCUACUAACACUGUCUCACGUCUACUCGAUACGCAAGCUCAAGCAGAGAUGCACUAGAGGAUUAGCUGCUCGUUUGAACACAGACAACGUAGUGGACAUGCUUCAACUGGCAAGGCUCUGUGACGCGCCGGAUCUUUACGUCAAAUGCAUGAAGCUGCUUUCCAAAGACUUCAAGGGCGUCGAGGAGAGCGAAGGUUGGAGGUUCUUGCAGGGUCACGACCCCUGGCUCGAGCUCGAGAUCCUUCAAUUCCUCGAUGAUGCCGAAUCGGCGAAGAAGCGAAGGAGAAAGGAGAGGGAAGCGCAGAGUCUGUAUCUGCAGCUCAGCGAAGCGAUGGAGUGCCUAGAGCACAUAUGCACGGAAGGGUGUACGAGUGUGGGACCCUACGACAAGGAGCCGAGCAGGGACGGACCAUGUAAUAAGUUCUCCACGUGUCAGGGCCUGCAACUCCUGAUUCGGCAUUUUGCAACGUGUAGUAAGAGGGUUGACGGGGGCUGCAGCCGAUGCAAGCGGAUGUGGCAGCUCUUCCGUCUCCACUCCUCGAUCUGCGAGUGCGACCAAUUGGAUUCCUGCAAGGUCCCUCUUUGCCGGCAAUUCAAGCUGAAAACGCAAUCAGUGAAAAAAGGUGAUGAUGCAAGGUGGAGACUACUUGUGAGGAAAGUGAAGAUGGCCAGAGUCAUGUCUUCCUUGUCGUUGCCCUUGCCAAUGAGAAAGCAAUGGGAACAAACAAGACAACAACAUCAACGGAGGAGCCAUGGACGGUGAAGAUGAAUUCUUCCCCCUUAAAAACAUUAUUCUUUAAGGAAAAUCCAGUUCCUUAAUAAGCAAAUUGUAUCAAAAAAAUUUUUUUUUUCUUUUAAUCUUGUGAUUGAUACAAAUGUAGAUUGGGGUUUACUUCUUCUCUUUUCCUAGUUAGGAUGGGUCAAGUUAGAUAGUAGAAAAACCCUAUAGGUUGGGUGAAUACAGAGUUUAUACUGUACAAUGUAAACACCAUUGAUUUAUUAGUUUCUUUCUUUCGGUA